AUGCGGGCGACAACUUCACUGCUCGCGCUCCUGUCGCUUGGCGGCGCCCUCGGCUCGGCCAGUGACAACUCCACUUCAGUGCCAUGGAGCAAUCUCUCCAUCUCAGCCGAAGGACGGAACCUCUACCGGACCAGCAGCGGCGAGCCCUUCUUCUGGCAGGCCGACACGGCAUGGGAGCUGUUCCACCGGCUGAACCGCAGUGACAUCGACCACUACCUCCAGGACCGGGCCAGCAAGGGCUUCAACGUCGUGCAGUCGGUCGUCAUCUCGGAGCUCAACGGCACCACCUAUCCCAACUUCUACGGCGAGCUCCCCCUGCACGACGCGGACCCGCUGCGCCCCAACGACGCCUACUUCGCCCACGUCGACUGGGCGGUCCGGCGCGCCGCGUCGUACGGCAUCCUCGUCGCCCUCGUGCCCACCUGGGGCCGCUGGGUCAACUGCGGCUGGCACAACGGCGCCAUCAUCUUCAACGAGAGCUCCGCCGAAUCCUUCGGCCACUACAUCGGCCACCGCUACCCGGGCCUCCCCAAGAUCAUCGGCGGCGACUCCAACGGCCUCUGGGCCUGCAACGCCUCGGCGGCGCAGGAAGCAUUCCGGGCCGACCAGACCGUCGACCAAUCCACCCUCCUGGGCCCCAUCACCGACACGCGCUCCGUCUGGGCCCGCAUGGCCGAGGGCUUCGCCGCGGCCGAAUCAAACGCCGGCGCCACGCCCUUCGUGACCUGGCACCCGACCAACAUGUGGAUCGCGACGCCGGCCACGCCCCUCCCGUACGGCCACAACUACAUGGCCAACGUGUCCAUGGACGCCGUGCAGUCGGGCCACAACAUCCCGGACAACGACACGGUCGACACGCGCUUCGCCGCGCUGCGCGGGUGGGACUCGACGCGCAACUACGCCAACGUCGCCGCCAUGCGCGCCGCCUUCGCCGGCCCCGUCGUCGACCUCGAGAACCACUACGAGGGCGCCUUCGUCGGCUUCAACGCGUCGCGCCCGCUGUGGAACGCCAGCCACGUCCGCCACGGCUUCUACAACGCCCGCCUGGCCGGCGCGUGCGGCUUCACCUACGGCGCCAACGCCGUCUGGCAGAUGUACGCCCCGCGCGCGCAGCUCGCCCGCCCCGACCUCUUCGUGCCCCCGCAGAUCGAGCAGCCCGCCAACGAGUCGUGGCGCGAUGCCCUCGCCUACCCCGGCGCGACCCAGUCGGGCUUCGUGCAGAGGCUGUUUGCCGGGCUGGAUAGGGAGGACUUGGAGAGUCUGCGGCCGGACCGCGGGUUCGUCGCGAGCGCGGAUGUGUUGGCGUACGAGGGGAACCGCUAUGUCGCGGGGCUGGUCAGCAGGAGGCAGUAUUGGGUGUAUGCUGGCUAUGGCGAUGCGUUUGAUUUGGACCUCGAUGCGCUGAGAGCGCAUUUUGGGAAGGAUCGCGCGAGGGCGAGAUGGUACGAUCCGCGGCAAGGCGUGUACCGCAACGAGACGGGGAGCGCCCGGCCGUUUGGUUUGGAGGGGAGGAAAGCGUUUGUGCCGCCGACGAGUGGGGGUGUGGAUGACGAUUGGGUGUUGGAGCUGAAUGUGGCGGCGUGA